CAAAACUUUCAAAAACUCAAACCCCAAGAGAGAAAGAAAAAAAAGAAAAAAAGAAAGUAGCACUAGUAGUAGGAGUGCACAGUAGUAGAAGUAAGAGUAACUAAAAAAAAAAACAAAUUGAGAAAGCUAACGGUGAAAAUGAAAUAGAAAGAGAGAAAAGAGAAGAAGAUAUGAACGCAAGCAAAGUAGCGAGCGUUAGAAUUUAUAGAAAGAGAAAGAAACAGAGGAAAUAAGGGAAGCUACGUAGAAAUCAGAGAAAAAACGUGUUUCUUUUUUUUUGAUUUUCCAAAUAUUUUCAUUUCAUUGAAUUGAAUUGAAUUCAAUGGGAUGAAAACAAAAACCGCCCAACAAACUCUUUCAAUAGAAAGAAAUCACCUCUCUUUCUCUCUCCUUUUUUUUUUUGUAUAUAUAUGUGUAUGCGUUCGUUAAAUUUGGAUGGGAUUCUCACAAAGUGAGAGAGAGUGAGAGUGAGAGUGAGAGAGUUAGGGUUUGGUUGCGGAGUCUUUUCGGCUUGGAGAUCUUGAGGAUUGCGCUUGCGGUUUGAUCCGCGCUGAGGGAUGGAAAAGCUUGCAUUUUGAUUAUACCCUUAAUACAUGGGCAUGAUAUAAUGGGUAUUUAGAUGUAUGGAGCAUCAUAUUUCGGUGUGAAAUCGUUCCCGCCUUAGUAAAAUGGUUGUAGAUAUAUAUUCUGUUGUUAAAAUGGUAUUCAGAUAUUCUCUUGAGGAUUCAACAACGAAAGUGCAAGGAGCAGGUUGUGAACCACCAGUCACAGUUGGUGUUCAGGGUUGUGUUAAGUCAAAGCUUCCCAAAUCCCAUGAUCAAGACUUUGGGCUCUUACAGCAGAAUUUGCAUCUGUUGGCAGAUUCUCUAUUGGCCAGAAAUAAUAACUCAAAAGCAAGUGAUGGUUUAAAAUGUUUGCUUGACAAGGAGGGGCAUGAUUCUAAUUUGGACCAUAUAGUACUAAAGAAAAAGAAACCAAUGGUUAUAGCAGGAUCUGGAGAGAAUCAUGAAGGUCAAGCAUCUGAUGACAGCUUCCUACCAGGUCUCACGGAUGAUGUGGCUUUGGAUGUCCUGGCCUGGAGCAGCAGAUCAGGCUAUCCAAAUCUGGCCUCUUUGAAUAAGAAGUUCAAGUCAUUAAUUGACAGUGGAUAUCUAUAUAAUCUGAGGCAGCGGCUUGGUGUGAUUGAACACUGGAUUUAUCUAGCCUGUAUACUAAUGCCUUGGGAAGCAUUUGAUCCUGUGAAACAGAGAUGGAUGAGAUUGCCCAGGAUGCCUUGUGAUGAUUGUUUUACUUAUGCAGACAAGGAGUCUCUUGCAGUAGGGACUAAGCUGCUUGUAUUUGGCCGCGAGCUGUCAGGAUUUGCCAUUUGGAUGUAUAGCUUGCUUUCUCGUGAGUGGUCAAGAUGCCCUCUAAUGGACUUGCCCCGUUGUCUGUUUGGUUCAAGCAGCCUCGGGGAAGUUGCUAUCGUCGCUGGGGGAAGUGAUAAGUACGGUAAUGUUCUAAAAUCUGCUGAGCUUUACAAUUCUGAACUCGGUACGUGGAAAACUUUGACAGAGAUGGGUAAGCCACGUAAACUGUGUUCAGGCUUCUUUAUGGAUGGGAAGUUUUAUGUCAUUGGCGGCAUGUCGAGCCAUACAGAUCGUUUGACCUGUGGUGAAGAGUAUAACAUGGAGACUGGGACGUGGAGGAGGAUAGAGAACAUGUAUCCUGUUUCUGAUGCGGCUAGUAGAGAGCCAGCAAUGUGCUCCCCUCCUUUAGUUGCUGUUGUAAAUAAUCAGCUUUAUUCUGCUGAUCAAUCGACAAAUGAAGUCAAAAAGUACAACAAGGUCAAUAACUCAUGGACUGUUGUGAAGAGGUUGCCGGUUAGGGCUGACUCAUCUAACGGCUGGGGACUAGCAUUUAAGGCAUGUGGAAACAGCUUGUUAGUGAUUGGAGGGCAUAGGGGACCUGAAGGGGAAGUUAUCGUGCUGCACUCUUGGGAGCCAAAGGAAGUAAACCAAGACUGGCAUGUCCUUUCUGUCAGGGAGCGAGCUGGUGCGUUUGUGUACAACUGCGCGGUAAUGGGCUGUUAAAUGUUUUGUUAUGUGUUUUUUCUUUGGUGCAAAUCUUUGACUUAAGGAAAAAAAAACCAAAUAAUUUUAUCAAUUGGGAUGGAAAAGGAUGUUUUUCUUGGGUAUCAUCUAUUGCUGAGUUUAUGUUUUUAACUUGUGCAAUCUUCUCCCAUGGCCACCUGAUAUUGUUGGCUUUAAGAGAUCAUAAAGCUCUUUGGUCUUGGUUUUUUAGAAUCCUAAUUUGCUGACCAUAAAUAAACAUCGGAAUUUCAUAAUCUAUUUAUCCUGGGAGCUCAUUACCUAAA